AUGGCCGAUGAUCCAUACGAUUUCGAAAAUGAUGAUUAUGAAGAAUCGAGUACGCCGAAUUUUGAGCCUUCUUUUAUGCUAAAUUUUGAAAGAACUGACGAAGAGCAGGCUACGCAAAUUUUUGGAGAAAGUGAUGACGAGGAGUUUACUGGUUUCAUAGAGGCAGAACAGGUGUCCCGUAAGCCUGAACAUAGUAGAGUGGCAAGAUCCCAUCACAGAGAAGACAAAGAGAGGUACACGUAAAGCUAGUCUAAAAGUUGUUUUGGUAUAAUUUCGAGUAGCUUUGGCUUAUACAACGAGGAAUAUUAUAUAGACAAUAGAUAGACUUUCAACAGAUAUGAAAGCUUAAAAACGAAAACCCAAAAUUAUAGAAAAAAAUUAUAGAAUUAGAGCUUCUCUCCAGUGUAGAAAACAAUGAAAGUGUUAGAAACCAUUUCAUACAAUUUUUGUCACAAAACCUAUUUCAUUAUUUUUUUUCUUGUUUACCUGAACAAACUGCAAUGAUCAAUUCAAAAUAACUAUAAUAAAUUAAUUAAAUUGAUAUCAUUAAUUCAUCACAAACCAGAAUAAAGUGAAAUUUAAAAGAAGUAUUUUAUUUCUAGCUCAAGCAAUGCGAUGUUAUGAGUAGUAUUAGUAUUAUCUAGUAAACUAAAAAUGAUUGAAGGGGGAUUAUUAUUGGGGGAUGGAUGGUUUUGAGUGCUUGCUUUGUAAUUACUUUUAACAUUGUGCCUUAGCUGCUUCCAAACGUGAUAGUUCCUAGUUUGUUUAAUUUUGUCAAUGAAGAAUGGCACUUGCAGAAAACUUCCCAUUGACAGAAUAAAGGCACCACAGAAGCUGGGGACACUAAAAGACAUCUCUCUCUUUGGAAGCUUUGAGUUUCCUUCUUCCUCAAACAGCAAAGGACUUGUAGCCCGCUCACUUGCAGGCAUUGGAAAGGAAUUUAAAAAACUUAAAAAACUUAAAAAAAGAAACAACAGCAACUCAAAAGUAUAGCCAAUCAUGCACGUCCUACUGCAGGGGCCACUGGUGCUGCUACAUCUGAGGAAAUCCGCCCUUCAAGAAACACCAGAUACAAGACAAAGAGCAAGUCAUGAGGUGUACAGUGUCCGUUUUCUUCAACAUGAGAUGGAGCAAUAAAGGAAAACAGAUUCUUCUGGGAUUGUCAACACUGAAGGAACUGGGGGAGGGGGGGUUGGGCAUUGAACAGACCUUCAGCUUCAUUCACUUGCAGAACUUACAUUUGAAAAGAUUGAAUAAUAGAAUAUGGCCGGAAACACAACAGAGGAUUCUUCCAAUCGCAAGGUGACACUUUUUCAUACGUUGCCAUUAGAACACCACUACGUGAGAGAUUUCAAUCACGUACGCAUUUGUCACACAACACGUGGUCAAAAUGGUCGAAGUUCUCUACUUUUGGCCUCUUGUUUUUGAGUAUCUUGAGCCAGAAGAUCUUGUGAGUGUAUCGUCUGUUUGUUUUGCCUGGUGGGGAUUUGUAUUUCAAGGAAGCAAAUCAAAUGCCAAAGCAUUGAAUCAUUGCUAAGAAAAACACUUAGCCAACACAGGAAUGCAAAAUCGAAAUGUUCCACUACGUUAUUUCCCAGAGUUAACGUGGAUUAACCUAACAAGAACCAUGAUCUUGUCAGAUGAUUACCUUAAACUUGUUGGUACAGCUUAACAUCUGUACAUGCUUAACAUUGAAAGCUGCAGCAAUAUAUCUGAAGAAGCGAUAUUCAAAGCUUAAUGGUCCCUUCCCUGUUUGAGGAGCAUAAACAUUUCUUGCAACAAUCAGUUGAGCGUUCUUGCCGUGGCUUGUUUGUGCUCCUGUACUUCUUAACACAAUGUCUGUGCGAUAGGAAUAAGGCUGCAGACAAAAGAAUUCCUAAUCUAAUUAGCAGUUGAACAGCUCAACUCCCCAAUGGUUCUUUGUGCCACUGGCCUAUUGUUUUCACUUUCUGUCUUAGCCGAAGUACCAUAAGGGGUUAGGGUGGUGCGUGUAUGAUGUCAAGUUCCGACAGAAGGCCGCUGCAAACAAGUCCCUAAAAUUGUCCACCACUGACAGCCAAUUAUGACUCAAAACCUUCUGUUGCCCCAUCACUCCUGAAGCAAGACCUUGGGGUUUUCCAAUCUUGACCCUUGCCUCACUGCCAAACACUUCUAGGGGAACUGAAACCAUAAUUGCAACAACUAUAAAAUGGGGGUUGCCUGUGCCAGAACCCCUUGAAUCUAUGCCCACAAAUGUAACAGGUCCUGGUGUGGGAAGGAUCACCAGUGAUCAAGUGCCCACUUGAAAAGAAGAAAAGAAAAUACUCCUCCACAAGAAUGGAAAAGUCCUUCUCCCAGCACCAGCCACUAAGACAAGUAGCUUUGAGGGCGUGGUUAGUCUUGUAAAUGUAGAUACUUUAUAUGAGGCCUUAUCCAAUCAUCCAGUAAAGGAAUUUGUUGACAAAUUGCGCCUAAAACAGAGGGAGGGGCCAGGAUUGGGUACAUCCCCUUUUUUCAAAUAACUUACCUACUGCCUACUUAAAUCCUAUGGCUGUUAUGAGGAAUUCAGCUGAUAAGGUUUCCAAAGGGCAUACCAUGGGACUUGCAUGUUGUGAAAAACACUGUCUCGGGCACUUACUCUCUCAUUUGGACCACUGAGAAUGACCUGCAGCGGUUUUUAAAAGAAUUUAACAAAGAAACGAAAAAUCAUUCAAAAGGAAGUUUGUUACACCGUCAGGGGCAUCAGUUGGAAUAGUGCAUCCCAGAGAUAUUGCGUCCAUUUCUAGUCAACAGGGAAAUUCCUUUCUCAGAGUCCCAGAAGGGAUUGUGCUUGAAAAUCUAGAAGUUCUAGAUGCACUACUAUAUGAAAUCGCGAUUUAUGAGAUAAGCCAAUGGACGACAAACGAACCUCCCUCAAAACAAGAGUUUGAGGAAACUCAAUCUUGAGUAAAUAUCUCCCUCAUCACUUUAAGUCAUUGCCAUUGAUAAUACCCAAUACACUGUGAUUUGGGAGUGGGACUGUUUUAACUAUAACAGUGAACAAUCCACAUACAGUGCAAUUGCAACGGAUAAGCACUUAGUUCAAAACGUUUGUCAGUGGGAUAUUGCUGAUGACGAAGAGAAGGAAGAGGAAGAUUUUAUUGUUCAUACUCUUCCUUUUAAAGUACUGGCUGUUGUGUACAAAAGUGAGAGACAGAACCACCUAAAGGCAGCUUGCAUAAAAAUGAAAGAUGAUCCGAAAUUUGUUGUUAAAGCCACGAUUGAACCAGAUCCUGACAAUGACUUUGAUGCAAAUGCUAUUCGUGUUUUGAUAGACUAUGGAACAGGAUUUAAGCAUGUUGGCUUUAUAGCAGAAGAGCUAACAAAAUAUGCCCAUCACGUAACGCGUUGA